AUCUUGAAUCACCAACAGAACAACAACGACAAAAAGUCAGUGUAACGUCAAAUGUCAGUUUAUUUACUGUCGAAAGUUUUACUUCUAAUUUAAAAAUGUCGAACCCUACAAAACGUCCUCUUCACUUCCCACCAUGGCACAUUCCAUAUUUGGAAAAACACCGCAUUUACGAACUGUUCCACGAACUAGCCAGAGAACUAAUUAUCAAACAACCAGAUGACCAUUUACUCUUUAUAAAACAAAUACUAAUGAAUGCAGCUAAGAGCAGAGACGUGGCAAGAGUAAUUUUUUUACCUGCUCCGAAGAUAAAUCUACUUGAACUAAGCGAAGAAGUGUCUAAAGUAACCAAACAGGUUAUAAUUACGAAACAGGCCAUUUCUAAUUAUGCUGGCAGAGAUAUGAUCGAGCUUUCAUCUGAAUUAUUUGCUAAAUGUUUAUCGUAUUUAGUGCGAAAAGAAAAUUGCUACAUGCAAGGCUGGAUUAUGAUGGAUUGCAUGAGAAACGAAGAAGACGCAAAGCAGCUUCUGAAGCUUGGAAUUAUCCCAACUCAUACAUUUCAAUUUAUAGCUCCGUUUCACCCGAAUCUGGAAGAUAUCUACUACUGUAAGGUACCCCCUAACUGGCCAGAACAGAGACGAUUGAUAUCAAAUUUGCGAACAGUUUAUAAGAAUACCUUAUUAGAAGUACACGUUGGUCACCGUCAGAUUCCAGAGAUUGCUGCAGAAUGCGUAAAUAUUUCCAAAAUUCGCAAAGCCGUCAAACAAAUAAAACCUAGAGUACUCAUCAUAGGACCGAUCGGAUCAGGUAGGAAGACUCAAGCUGAGCUACUAAGCUACAGCUUAAAGCUGGUACCGAUUGAUUUCGAAUAUUUGCUUUGCCAAACGUGGAUUUCGCCAUCAGAGCUUGGAGAAAAACUUAGAGAAUGCAGGAACGAAGCUUGUUUUCAUUCCGAACUUUUAGCUCAAGUUGUUAACAAGAGAGUACUUGAAGAAGACUGCAUUUUGAACGGAUGGGUUCUAACUGGUUUUCCAUUUACCGAAUACGAUUUCAAACAUCUGGAUUCGAUUGAUACUCCUCCGAACAGAGUGAUUUUUUUAGAAUGCGAUUUGAAUCUCUGUAGAGAAAGACUUCGCAACAAGAGAUUUAACGUUGUAACUGGAUCAGUCAUUGAUAUCGAAAAAAAUCCUGCUGCAGCUGAAGAGAAACAAUUAGCGAUUCAUCCCAGGAACAACAUUCUUUUAGUCGAUGCUGAGUUAGACUUUUACUGUCAAAACUACGGAUCGUUGAGGAAGUACUGUGGAAGCACAGCUAGUGUCGUUAAUGGAGAUCUAAACGAAAGGGCUAUCCAUGAAUAUAUAAUCGCGAUCAUAUUGAGGGCACCUCCUGCAGGUGAUCCUAGAAAGGGGAUCACGGAAGAGGAUCAAAAGACGUCAUCAUCAGGGUCAUCUGAUGUGUGUGAUUGUCCCGUUAUAGCGUCCAAAGUUAUGGAUUGUUUUAUUAAAAGGGGCGAAAUAAAAUAUUAGUAAUUAUUGUUUCUGUUUUUGGUUAUAUGAACUAGAAAGUAAAGUCUGCAGUUCUUAGAGUUAUUAGUGUACUUGUCAUUCAAAGUGUGGUGGAGAUACGUUAAUGAAUCUAGGGGCCACUGAAUUGAUUCGGUAGGCUUAGGAAAAACAAGUCUAUAAAGACUGAAAACUGCAAUGUGGAAGAGGAUGAACGCAAUGUGGUGCCGUACAGUUUGUAUUACUUCUUAUGUAGAUAUACUAAAGCUGCGAUUUCACUAUGAAGCUAUAAUAAAUAUAGCUUCAUAUUUAUAUAUAGUAUUAGCCAUCAUUUUACGAUGAGCGGUGCUAUAAGAAAUUUUACAGCUUUGGUUAGUAGGUUAGGUCAAUUUCACUACUAGAUUGUAUGUGUUGUUUUUCUGAAGAUGCCAAUACAUCUCGUGGCUUGUUAAUGGAUUUGGUGGACAGCUCAUCUGAAGAUGAAGCUUAUGAAUUUUAUAUUUAUGGCCCCUAAUUACAGAAUAAAAAAAAGUUUUAGUUAACUACUUAUUACUUAAGGUACUAUUACUUAAGGUAACCUGUAAGCUAACCUUAAAAAACAUCCACUGUAACAACACAAUGCACAACGAACUUUAAAGAAACAUAGGAUAUUCAAGGACGCAAAACGGAAAGCAUAUUUCGUUGCCGUAGAUGUCAAGACUGCGAGGCCACAAAAUCUUAAUUUCGAGAAAACGGCUUGCAAAAGAUUAUGUG